UCAACACAGCUCCAGAUAUUCCAGACGCCCAGACGCUCAGAUAAUCUGUCACUUCCAUUCAAGGAGCACAUCUUUUAAACUCUCCUUUUAAUUAAAUUCACUUCAGUUACAGUAACUGUUUGGUUUUUUUUACUUGAGUGCAAACGCGUUUCAUCAUGUCGCUCCUCUCGGCGCAUUUCGAGCAAAUUGCGAUAUCAUGUCAAGGAAUUGAUAGUCUUCCCUUCCCACCACCCAAAAUAUUCACCAAUGCCCUUCUUGCCAACGAUGACAUCACUUCUUUAAUUCGCGAUACCGAAGCCCACGAACGAGCCCUAUUCUCUGUCCCUCCUCCUCCUCCACUCUCUACGUCCCAGAAUCUAGAUCCUCCGAAACAGUCCGGACGCCGCCAAACUGUUUUCAAUGUCGCGUCCGGCGAAGUUACGACAUCUGGCAGCAACUCGGGUCGAAACGCAGGUGCCCCGCGACGCCAUACGGCUGUGGCAGCUGUGCUAGGCGGCGACCUACACGAUCAGAUCCGCCGGAGCGAACGACGUGGGAAAGACGAUGUUAAUGUCGAGAUCUUACUCAAAGGCGCGGAGAAGCUAUGCGGCGUCUACCCUCUACCCGGUGCGCUAGAGCGAAUCGCGGCGCAACGAGUAAAGUAUACGCAUAGUCGUGAUACAUUGGCAUACUAUGAAGCGAAAGUAGCUGAACAGGCCGAGGCGCUGGGGAGGAUGAAUAAAGACCAUUGGAUGAAUGAAGAAGAAGAGGAAGAUGGCGAGGAAGCCACUGCUGUGGAGAAAGAAGAGAUAUUGACCGAGGAGGAUCUCAUAAGAGAAGAGGAGCAAAUUCGGGAACUAGAAAGAAGAAAGAGAGAGCUACAGGGAAGAUUGAAGGCGAUAGAGCAGGAUCUCGGUGGAUUACUGAACAUGUAGUGCAUAAACCAUGUGAACUAUGAUACCCCUUUCUACCUAACCAACGCGGUUAAACGCCAUCUACCAAACCCUACGAUAAUCACGACCAACGGGCCCUGCACCCU